AAGAAGCAGAGAAGGAAGGGGAAAGAUGUUCUCUGUAUUUAUUUGUUGACAGGAUGUGGGUGUCACUGGCUAGGGCAGCAUUAAUUGCGCAGAGGGCAGUUAAGAGUCAACCACAUUGCUGUGGGCCUGGAGUCACAUGUAGGCCAGACCAGAUCCUAUGAAGCAUAGGUGAUCCAACAGUAAUGACAGCUGAAGCUGGCUUCACUGUUACCCAGAGAGACUGGUCCUUGGGAUGGGCAUCAUACACGUCACCUCCAACCAAUUCGACAGGCAGUGCCAACCUCACCAAUAACACAAAAGUGUGCCAGUUCAGCGCCGACUUCCAGUACCUCAUGUUUCCCGUGGUGUACAGCCUGGUGUUUGCCUUUGGCACUGUGUCCAACCUGUGUGUCCUCUGGUACCUCUUCAGGAAGAAGGGCUCUUUCUCACCGUCCGACGUCUUCAUGAUCAACUUGGCCGCCAUCGACCUCAUCUUUGCCGCGCUGCUUCCAUUCAAAGUGGUCUACCACGCCCUGGAGAACGACUGGAUCUUCGGUGAGGUAGCAUGCAAAAUCACCGGCUCCCUCUUCUUCGCCAACAUGUACGGCAGCACGCUCUUCCUCACCUGCAUCUGCGUGGACCGCUACAUCGCUGUCGUCUAUCCCAUCCGUUCGAUUCGUCUGCGAAGGACGCGCUACAGCGUGGCAGUGUGCUGCCUCAUCUGGCUGCUUCUGAUCGCCAGUCUCCUGUACCUGACCAUUGGGCAGCCCCUGACUAAUCGGUUCCCUAACGGCAAGAGGGCCUGCCUGGAGAAUUUCUCCAUGGACACCUGGAGCGGGCACAUCUCGGGGAUCAGCAUCGCAGCCGCGGUCAUCGGUUUCUUCAUCCCGUUGGUCAAUAUCAUCAUCUGCUACCCUCUGAUCGCCAAGAAGCUUCUGGAGCACUACGCGGGCAAGGACACAGUGCACACGGUGAAGAGAAGAGCCCUCCGCACGGUGCUGCUGGUGCUGGUGGUCUUUCUCAUUUGCUUCGUGCCCUACCACCUCAUCCAGCUGAUCCACACCCUCCGACGGAUCCAGGUGCUCUCCAGCUGCCGCCUCAUCCAGUUCACCUAUUCGGCGCGAAGGGUCACCAUGGCACUGACCAGCCUCAACAGCUGCUUGGACCCCAUCGUCUACUUGUUCAUGAGCAACACCUUCAACUGGAGGAGGCUAUGUUGCCAAGGAAAUCGGCCGGUGAUCUGGCUCCGCCAAAAGGUUACAUUGGUGGGAAAAAGGGAAUCCUCAGCGGUCUCUGUAAUCGGUCACUGAAAACGCCGUCCGGGCUAUUGACACCCCACAGUCCGGCUUAGUUUCUACUCACUGGCCAUGAGGUACUGAUGGGUUCCCAUUCACGAUGGGACCACAGCGGAGCAGUGUGAAGGUCAUUUUCAGAACUGAGCUGCUUCCAGUCAGUGCAUUGGCCCUUGUGCAAUGUGACUGACGUGCCAUAAAGGCCGGGACAUGCAAUAACAUGAAGGAGAUACGUGAAUGUGAAGGAGUUGUAUUAAUGCGAAGGAGAUGCAAUAAUGGGAAGGCUGGUAGAAGUCUUUGGAGCCAGAUCCUGUGUAGUAGCUGUUCUGCCAACUCCAUUACUGUCAAUGUAGAUAUUGGUCUAAACAAACACACACACACACACACACACACACACACACAGACACUCACACAGAAACUCACACACACAUACACUCCAACACAGACACAGACACACACACACACACUCACACAGACACACACACCCUCAUUCUCACACGCAAACGCACACACACACACACACACACACACACACACACACUGUUUCUCUCACAUACACACAUCAACACCUGGGGUAGUAACCCUCACCCUUCCACGUGAACGUUGAUUCUGUUCCUAUCUCCCCAGAUGCUGUUGGAGCUGCUGAAACUUCCCAGUAUUUUCUGUUCUUAUCCCUUGUUGUAGUUGUUUUGACACAAUGUCAAGGAACUGUUACAAUUCACAGCUUCUCAUGAAGAAUUUUAAUUGCAUAUGUGCAAAAUGCUUUUCUAGUUAAAAACUGCAAUAAAAGGAAAUGGAUUCAGCUGGUUGUCAAGUGAUGAUAGCUUCAGGUUUUCAAUCCGUGCCCUCCUCUCAUGCACAUUAAAAUGCCCCAGGAAAGACAUUUAAGACUCAAGGGAGCACAGAAUCCCUACAGUGUUGGAAGAGGCCAUUCAGCCCAUUCAGUCUGCACCAACCCUCCAAAGCAUCCCAUCCAGACCCUCUCCCAUAACAGAGCA